CGCGACCGUUCGAUGCUGAGUCAGCAAACUGCGUAUGUACGCGGUGUGUGCGUGCCUUGGAAGAAGGCGAGCGAGCUGCCACCAUGGCGUCCUCUGAAGGCGGGCAGGCGACCACCAGCUCUUUGUAUUCCACGUCAACGCUGGAGUCGGCGAGAAAGGCCAAGGUUUCCAUGGAGACGUUCUACGAGAAUCUCCUAAUACAAGACAGAGAUAGAUCCAACAGAUGGAAGAAACUGGAGUUGAGUAUGGAAGAGAUGGGACUGUCAGCGGAGGAGAGAGAGGAGCAUAGACAGAUCCACGCUCAAAAAGAGACUCAAUUUCUUCGUCUCCGCCGCUCGCGACUCGGGAAGAAGGACUUCAAGUGUCUCAAGAUUAUAGGGAGAGGGGCUUUUGGCGAGGUGGCUCUGGUUCAGAAACAGGAUACUGGUCACGUGUACGCGAUGAAGAUUCUCAGGAAGGCCGACAUGUUGGAGAAGGAACAGAUUGCACAUGCGAGGGCUGAGAGGGACAUUCUAGUGGAGGCCGACAAUCCCUGGGUGGUGAAGAUGUACUAUUCCUUCCAAGACUCUGUCAGUCUGUACCUCAUCAUGGAGUUCCUUCCCGGAGGUGACAUGAUGACUCUGCUAAUGAAGAAAGACAUUCUCUCAGAGGACGUCACUCGGUUCUACAUAGCGGAGACGGUAUUGGCCAUAGACUCCAUCCACACUCUCAACUUCAUCCACAGAGACAUCAAGCCUGACAACCUUCUCCUGGAUGCCAAGGGUCACAUCAAGCUGAGUGACUUUGGACUGUGCACGGGACUCAAGAGAGGCCAUAGAACUGACUUUUACAGAGACCUCAACAACGUGGACUUGUGCAAUGCAACAAGGAUGCAUGAGGAAUUGCCUGCACCGUGCUGCAUCAUCUGUCACAUUUGAAACUGAGUCUCAUGAUGCAACAAAAGUGCAUCGUUGUGUGAUUUCAAUUGUCCUUUCUUUGUCGCAGCUGACCCCCGGGACUCGAGAAGGUUUGCACAGGCGUGGAAGAGAAACAGGAGAGACAGGGCCUACUCAACGGUGGGAACGCCCGACUACAUCGCUCCGGAGGUCUUCCUCCAGACUGGAUACACACAUCUCUGUGACUACUGGUCCCUCGGUGUCAUCAUGUAUGAGAUGUUGAUGGGUUUCCCUCCGUUUUGCUCGGAAAGACCACAAGACACAUACCGGAAGAUAAUGCACUGGAGACAGCAUCUCGUCUUUUCCCCCGAACUACCUCCUACUUCACGCGACUCAGAGGCCCUCAUUAGGAAGUUAUUAUGCGACGUUUCAGACAGAAUUGGCACUAACGUAGAAGAGGUCAAAGCGCAUACGUUCUUCAAAGGAACGGACUGGGACCACAUCAGGGACCGUCCCGCCGCCAUUCCAGUCCACGUCAAGCACAUGGCAGAUACAUCAAACUUCGAUGACUUCGAGGAACUCAGCGAUCAGAAGAAAUCAUUCAACGAAGACAGCGAAGAAGCACAAAGAGAUUGGGUCUUUCAGAACUAUACCUUCAAAAGGUUCGAAGGCCUCACGCAGAGAGGACACCUUCGACUCUAAUUAAAGAGCACUACCGCUGUUUCAAAGAGCAUGAGUAGACAUGUUUUGCUAGCCAUGCGAAAUGAAACAAUAAAUUAUUUCCGUUUUUUUUCACACUUGCUAUAUACGUCUCUUUUCUUCAUGUACAAUAACUAGUGUGUAUGGAAACAGUCGUUUGUCGCCAGGGGAACAAGACAUCUUACAUUAACACUUAACCAGCCAAGGACACAUAAAUGUGUCCAUUGUCUCCAUAAGCAGCA